AUGCGCUCCUUUGCCCUCCUCCCCCUGGCCGCAGCAGCCCUGGCCUCGUGCCAGAACGACACGACGUCGCCGGCGCCCGCCGUGCCCAACGUCGUCCCCUCCUUGUGGGACGGUGAGUGCUACUACCCGACCGGGGACAUCGGCUUCGGUCUCGAGUCCUACCUCGGCCGCUGGUACCAGGUCGCCGGCACCCUGGCGCCCUUCACCGGCAAUUGCAAGUGCAUCCGCGCCGAAUACUCCCUCAACGACAACGGCACCGUCAAGGUCAACAACACGUGCGAGGCCGCCGGCCGUGCCGUCAACAUCCUCGGCACCGCGUCCCCGGCGGAUCCGGGCUACGGAGCCAAGGGCGUCUUCCGGGUGCAGUUCCCCGGCCAGCCGGGGCCCGAGUGCGCGGGACCGAACUACAUUGUUCAGGGUAAGACGACCCGGCCCGGCGUGGACUGUGAGAGAUGGGAGCAGCAGGUCGAGGACGACGUUCUGGACGCCUGGAUCGACAGGGCGGGUUUGCUCGGCUCGAACCUCGACAAUGUCAUCAAGAACGACCAGACGGGUUGCCAGUUCAACUAA